AUGUCAAAUACCAAGUGUCGGACCGGACGCCCUCUGCGGAAAGGAACCCCCACGGAUAAAGACUAUAUACGUCUGAUGGAAACACUGGAGCAGUACAUCUUGGAGCUGGAUGGUGUCGACAUCCAGGGUCUGGAUGAGCUACGCUCGAUGCGGCGGUCUUCAGUGGUGGAAAUACAACAGCUGAUGCAAAUGCUUGAAUUUCGCUCUCAGACUAGUGUGGAUUCCGCACCGGUGAAUAACUCCAAUCCGCCGGAUUCAUGAUGGCUUUGAAUGCGAUCGUAUGUGCACUCUGUUCUGUGAUCUUCCUUCCGCCUCACGUUCAAUUUCAACCGGCUUAACUCACGGAUCCAACCGAUUUUCCUACUAUCGUCACCCGUCCCGAAACAUGUUCAACCAAUCGCCACAUCUCUCGAAUUCCAUGCUCCGCAUAGCCUUGUUUUAGAUUUGGAGGUUGCUUCUUCCUACGCCUUCUGGCUUCGGCCAUUGUUUCGAUAUCUCUCCGCAAGUGAUCCAUCUACUGCGGGGUCCGAAAAACUCACGAAACGACGUCCUGUCGGUUGCUUCUGUAUAUUCCCUUCCCGCCCCAUAUUUUGACCGUGCCUGUUCCAUGUUAUCCAUAACAGUCGGCGAUCAAUAAAACUUUAUGGAAG